CACAAAUUCAAGAACAAACAAAACUUUGUGAAGUUAACGAUACCGAAACUUUGAGGCAGCAGCUGUUACAGGUGGACACAGAAGAUGGCCUUCCAAGCAGUAUGACAUCCAGCUUUACAUCAGACUCUGGAAAACUUGCUGAUGGCCCCCCGGAUAACUGUUUCCAAGUUCCAGCACAGGAAUGCUCUUCUGUCAGACCGGAAACCGGGCAAGCGACAUAUCCUCAACAGACAACUACUGUGUAUCAAGGACAUCAGGAAAGUGUACAAGACCAGGACAUUGUCCAAAGUCAGGCAGGGCAGGUUGCAUAUGAUGCUAGGAUUAUUGAAAGCGUUUCCAGCAACGUGGACUCUGCGAGUGAGCAAACUGACAUGUCAUGUGAUGCAUCUGGUAAACAUUCUGCAAAAAAAGAAACUUGGCAAACGCAGAAAAACCCAGGACCGUGGUCCGAGACUGACGGUGUUAAGUGUUGAUGAGGGUAGCGUUGUUGAAUGUCUUUUGGAAUCAGUUAAAAAAACUGUAACAUUCAAAUUUGACAUUGGCGACGUUGUUCCAGAAGAAAUAUCUAACAACUUGGUGAUGACACAGUUACUGGCAGAACAACAUGCUGAUAUUUUUGUUGAUCAGAUUCAGGAUAUCGUGUCCCAGUUGAAAGAACAUCCCGAGAAGAUCCCCGUUGUUCAUGUCAGCGAUGUACAGGUUUCAACUUCUACUUCAAGUCCUAUCAUAAGUCGACGUCAAGUUAUUCGAGAUCAUUUAGAUUUAUCCUGUUCCAAGAAAUUCAGUUUUGACAGUCAAGAGGUCAGUUCUCCUUCGACUCCUAAAACUGAUGGAGACAGAGAAAUCUGUGCUCCAUCACAUGGAUCACCAGUACACAAACCUCAUCCACAGUCUGUUACACCAUCCUCCUCCUCCUCCUCUCCAUUGGUUGUUUCAGGACAUCAACAUUCUGCUCAUCCAUCACUUACUCAAGAAGCUAUGGCUAACACACAGUUAAUAGCUGCUACUUCUCAGCCUCAGGUUAUUCCAGUCAUUUCAAGGUUUAAAGUUAGUCCCGUGGAAGAAUCUUGUCCAUUACUUGGUUCAACGACUGCUCGAUUAUCAGACACUGAUUCAGUAUUUCAGGAAGAUCUUCCCAACAGUGACGUUAACCAGUCAGGUAGAGUAAGAGAUGUUGGUAACAGCAAUGUAUUUCCUAGUACUUCAACCUCACAGCUGCAGCUCACCCUGUCUGAAAGCACAGUAACCACUGAAGAUAGUGUCCUAGGGGGAAGCACCUGUUCUUCUGUUUUCAGCGGUUUAGAUUCAGGAAGUCGGACAGGCCAGACAGAUAAUAGUAGUGGAAACAGCAGCAGUGCUAGCACCCACCAACAGUCCCAGAUCUUACCUCAUGUUCCUGACUUGAGUAGUCUACAACAAAAACUGGCCGAAUUGACUUCAUCUUUAGCUCAUUGUACUUGUGGGACCACUAGUACCUCUGACACCAACCCAACAUGGACAGUGGCUAGUGAAGCAACAGGUGGACAGCCAGUUUCAUCCCAACAUCAGCAACAUGGAGGACAAAAAGCAACAGCGUAUUUCAUGGAUAAAACUCAAUCUACUUGUGAUGGAAUACUGACUGAAAGCUCACCUGUUUCCCCACAGCACAAAGUGAGCACAGCAGUCACUUCGAAAGAAGAAAACCUGUCAGUUUCUGCAGCAGUAUCACAACAUACUGGGGUUCAUAUUUCUGUUGGUAUUGACAAAGAAGCUGCAAAACACACCAACCUAGAACAACAGAAACACACUAUGCAUCUCAGUGAGGCCCAGACACAGACUACACCUGACUGUAAAAUUAUUGAGAUGGGUGAACAGAGUAAAGGGUGGCAGUUGGUCACAUCUUCUGUUCCUGCUGGUCAGCUUGGAAGUCUACCAUCACAACUAACAAGUUUUCCUUGCUCUGCUGUUAUUACCAGUCAUAUUACACAACCAACACUUGUCCCUUGCUCUACCAUUUCUGUUAGUCAACUUGCACAACCAGUAGCUGUUCCUCACUCUGUUUCUGUUAGUCAACUUGCACAACAGGCAGUUGUCCCCCACUCUUCUGUUUCAGUUAGCCAAAUUGCACAACCAGCACUUGUCUGUUACUCUUCUGUUCCUGACAGUCAUUUACCACAACCAGUAGUUGCACCUAACACAUUCAGCCAACCUUCACAACCAGUAGUCGUCUUCCACUCUACCGUUUCUGAUAGCCAACUUACACAACCAGCAAUUUUUCCUCACUCCACUGUUUCUGCUAAUCAACUUCCAGUACUUCCUGUAGUUGUUGCAAACUCAAUCACUACGAGUUAUGUUACUGGUCAAGCAAUUCAACCAGUAGCUGUUCCUCAUCCUGAUAUUACCAGUCAUUUUCCACAAAGUGGCAUUUCACUUAGUAAACCUGUAGACAAAGUGACUCAACCAGUAGUCUUCCCUCAAUCUGAUAUUACUAGACAACUUGGAGCUGAACUACUGCAACCACCAGGGGUUUCCAAAGCUGUUAUUACAUGUGAUCAGCUUGAUAUUCCAUUGAAGCAAGCACCAAUUAUAUUUCAGUCAUUUCUUCCCACAAGUCAACAUGAGGAUCACCUGAUUCAACCAGCAGUUGUGCAGACUACAUCUAGGGUUAGUGAACAAGAUAGUUUGACAUCACAGAUGACAGUUGUUGCUCAUUCUACUAUUGCCGGGAGUGAGCUUGUUGGUCAGCUGACACAACCAGUUUCUGCUGUUUCAUCAUCAUCAUGUGCUCCUGUCACAAGUCAAGUGAAACAUUCUUCAUCCACUGAAGUUCUUGAUGAUCUAACAGAUCAACAGAUGCAAGUAACUCUUUCUCUGGCUAAUUUACCAUAUAAUGUCUCAAGCAUUUCGCAAGCCAACUCUGUCAAAAAGAUUAGUAAACUGCCUUUAGUUGACUCUACACUUGUUGAUCUGAACGUAACCAGAAAUUCUUUUUCGGGGGUUGUGACUUCUCCAAUUUCACCAGGAAUUCCAUUGGCAGUAUCCUCUUUUCAAACGUUAUCUCACCCUGUUUCUCGUCCACAUGUUUCUACAGCAAGACCCCAUGUUUCAGAGAUAGGUACUGUGUCUCAACUAGAAACUGAUGCAUCAAGACUCUCUAAAAUGGAGACAGGUGUUUCAAUCUCUGCAGUAUUCAAAGAGAGAACACUUUCUUUGCCCUCUCACUAUACUAUGGUAUCUGAAAAUCUCACAAGUGUAACUGAAGUACUGUCCCAGACACCUUCAGGUGCUGUGGAAGCAAUUUCAAUUCCAGUGGGAACAGUAUCUUCCUGCGCUAAAACUCUUUCAUCAAUGUCUUCCAAUGUAGAUAUGUCUCGUAAACCAACUGUUGCAACAAAGUUAGAAGACCUUAAACUGGAGCUUCAGAAACUGCACAGUGUAACUUGUGCUUCUGUUGGGAUGGCUGCUAAUAUCGAACAAGGUUUGCAAGCUAUCUUUGCACAGACUGUUCCGGCACAAACCUUUACUACCCCGGCUCAUUCCCAGCCUCAAGUGUUAUCCCACAUCCAUUCUGGAGUAUCUGGACUUCAGUAUAUUUCAGCACCUGAUACAGUAUUGACCUUCACACAGCCAUGCACUUCUGUAUCUGCUGUUCCUGACAGCUUUCUUCCGUCUCACUCCCAACCUCAAACACCUGUUACAGUAACUGAAUCAGCUAGCACCAGUAUGCACCAUUUUAGUGAAAUUUCACACGGACAUCUGUCUCAACCUGUUACUCCCCAUGUUAACAGUGUAGUUUUGCCUACUUUUCAAUCUGACUUGUCCUCUGCCACUACCGUAAGUACUUAUACUACUUUAUCCUGUUCUGUGCUAAAAACAGAUUCUGCACAUGCUAUGCUUCCAGGAUUUCCAUCAACAGAGCCAAUAUCAUUACAUAUUGCUCCAGACCAAUAUGGAAGUCCUACAACCAGCAUCCCUCUCUCAGUUUAUAGUAUUGCAGUAGCUAAUGCCAGUGUUUCUUCUGUUCCUGUCUUGCCGUGUGGACAUAGCACAAGUGUUGUGUCAUCCUUUGUGCAACCUCCGAGCCUGCCAACAAACUUUUCAUCAGAGAACUUGGCAUCACAAAAGGUCCAAGUAUCUGCCCUGGUGGCGACAGGGCAGCAGAGCAGUAGGGUUUCACGGUUCCUUGUAACCCCAGUGAAAGAGGGACUUCCUGAUAACAUCCAGUUACCUAAGACAACUGAAAUGAAAAGUUAUUCAAACAGCGUAGUAUCAGUAAUCAAUACCACAGAGACAAUCACUGUUAAGUCUUCAGAACCUAAACUCCGUGAUGGUAACUCUCCGGUCAGUAAUUCUGAACCAGCAUUUCAGUAUGGUCGUUUCAAAGUAAAACCAGUAGUUAUUCAGGAUGAUCUUUCACCAUCUACUCCUCAGUCACCCACUGACGGUGUUGAUGAACUUUAUAACUUAUCUGUGGCUGCACCUGUUCAAGAUGGAAGUAGUCAAACUAGCCCAGCGGGCCAUGACAGCAGAGAACCUGGGAACCUCCAAGAUCCAAAAAUCCCUUCACUUCAUGCUCACUUGCCAUUCAUUCGUGAUCACCGCUCUCAGAGUGAUCCUGCAGAAUCGACAAAUUUCCCUUACACUGCAAUUGCUAAUCUUACAGACAUAGUAUCAGGAAACAGUAAUUUGAAACAACUACGAAUUUUAUCAGAUUCUUCAGAAUUUUUGUCAUCAAGUACUGAACAUUUAGCUUGUGAAUCUCCUAAUCCCGAUAUUAAAGGUUUAUUGGGUGGUUACGCCACCUUCCCUUCUACAGAAUUAGUAUACAACUUGAAACAAUAUCCUACUGAAGAUAAAGUACCUAGAACUUUAGAAAUGGCUCUUGCAAAAAUAAUGGGAAGCACUAGGAAUGGUCAUCCACAUCUUUACAACUUACCUACAUAUUUACAGAGUCAAGAGUCUGAAACCUGUAUGUCACAGAGACAAACUGAUAUGCCUGCUCAUGUGACUUGUUGUUUCCCUCUAGCUCACGAUACCCGGCUCAUGCUAAGUCCUUCCCCUACCGAGUUAAUGCCAAACCUUCCAAUCCCAUUACUUUUUAAAGAUGCUCAAACACAAACUGACAGAGUCUCUCAUAGAAAUGUUGCUGUUAAUACUCUACAAAAACGAAUUCUCACAGAUUUGUCUAACUUGCAUAAGACUAAAAGUGAGCAAUCUGAUAAAUGUUUGAAAGAUGAUAGAGUGACACGGAAAACUGGUCGGGUUACUAAUUCUUCUCACCACAGUUCUUCCGUUAGCCUUGAGAAACAAGUAACACAAAUCACAAAAUUCCACAGUGUCUCAGAUUUGUCCAGUCUAUCCAGAAGCCACAACUUGAGUGAUAUGUCUGCCUUAGCACACAAGAAAAACGAACUAUUUGGACACUGUCUCUCAUUAGGACAGUUUUUGAAUGCCUUGGCAAGUGAAGAGAGACAAGAUUCUGAUAUUGAGGAGGAUGAUGCCAGGAGUGAAUACUUGAAAGUGUUAGAAAGACAAAAGAGAGAAAGAGAUGAGUUGAGACAAAGACAUCAACUUGAGUUAGCUAUCUUUAAGCGUCUUAGAAGUAGACCUCCAAGUACAGAUGACACACCAGUAUCUAACUUGAAUGUAAAUCAGCAGACUAGUGUUGAGAUGAGCCAUGAGGUAGGAUCUUGUGCUGAGAGUUUUCAGAAGAAGCCACACAUUAAGAACACCCAAGGACAUUUACCAUCUAGACCCAAUACCCAUGAGCAUUCAUCACAUCGACCCACAAAUCUUUCUUUGAGCUCUUCUCCGGGGUCUUUUCAUUCUGCUAGUAGCUCUCCUGUAGAAUCUUGCCAGUCGUUUCUCCAUCUUUCCGAGAAUCAAAGUGCUCCGGUACCCAUAGUGAAUAAGAAUACAACCAUAUGUUUGGAUUAUGAUAGUGUAUCUUCCUGUACAUGUAGAGACCAUUUGUUUAAUUCCAUGCAGUACUCGUACCAUGCGAACCAACCGGAGGAGAACCUAAGCUACCCAUCAACUAAGUCCCCACCUGGAAAUUUAGCAAAAUCACUCUUAAAUCUCAUGGAAUGUGCUGGACCUAGCAAGACCACAGAACCAAAGAUGACCUUGAAUCAGAUGAAACAAAAACAGUUACAAUGUGGAUACAGCGAAAGCACCCUUCCAUGUGGAUCACUAAUAAAGACGCCCCUUUCGUCACCUCAACUAAGUCGUCACGUCUUUCAGAAAAGCACUUCCACAUCAGUACUUCCCAAUGCAGGUUCAUCUCCUAGAAGUACUACAGUGAACUGCAGCCAGUGUUUGGACAGCUUGUCACAUAUUAAUAAACCAGACACCCAACUCUGGUCCACAGUUUCUUCUUCAUCUUUGGCUGCAACAAAUAGUUCAUUUAUCUCACCUAGUAGAGCUUUCAAUGCAAUGAGUAUGCCUCAUUGUUAAAAGUAUUGUAACACUCGUGAUAUUUGGAUUUAAAAGUAAAUUCAACAAUUGGUGCCUUUUUUUCCAUAAAAAAAAUUAUAACUUGAGAGGUGUUUUAAAUGUGAGAAAAACCAAUACUUUGGUGCUGUUCAUAGCUUGAUUUGUGAAAUAAGUUUUCAACGUGACAAAGUUGUGUUUUGAUAUGAUUAUAGUUUAGUGUGCUGGUUUGAAAAAAACAAAGAAACAAGAUAAUAGAAAUAUUAUUUUUCUGUAAUAAUUACAGCUUUCUGGUCCAACAAGGAGGUUAAGUAGUAGUAGCAGGCACAAUUGAUUUGUGUCCGAGCACGUAUUUUAGAUAAGCAAAGUAUCAGUACUUGUGUUGUGAUUUUUAUUAUUUUUUUUACAGUAAAAA